AUGAAGGGGCUGGCGCUGCUGCCACUGCUGCUGGCCGCCUGCGUGCUGGGGGCGCGGGCGCAGCGCCGGCUCUACCUGCGCGAGGAGUUCCAAGACGGGGAUGGAUGGAAAAAACGAUGGGUUGAAUCUAAACAUAGGCUGGAUUAUGGUAAAUUUCAGCUCACUGCAGGAAAAUUUUACAGAGACAAAGAAUAGGGUAAAGGUCUCCAGACCAGUGAAGAUGCCAAGUUCUAUGCCCUCUCUACCAGGUUCAAGCCGUUCAGCAAUGAGAACGAGACCUUGGUGGUUCAGUUUUCAGUAAAACACAAGCAAGGCAUCCACUGCGGUGGCGGGUUCGUGAAACUCUUUCCUGACACCCUGAACCAGGAGGAUAUGCAUUCAGAAUCCGAGUAUUACAUCAUGUUUGGCCCUGACAUCUGUGGCUUUGGCAACAACAAAGUACAAGUCAUCCCUCGUUAUCAAGGGAAAUACCAUGAGAACAACAAGACCAUCAAGCGCAGGAUCAAUAAAGACACUCACCUGUACACUCUGAUUAUUCACCCCAAUGCUACUUAUGAGGUCAAAAUUGACAACCAGCAAGUAGCAGCUGGGGACCUGGAGGACAACUGGGACUUCUUGCCUCCCAGGAAGAUAAAAGAUCCCUAUGCCCGGAAACCAAGGAAAUGGGAUGAACGCCUACAAAUAGAGGAUCCUGAAGAUAAGAAACCUGAGGACUUGGAAGACUUUGAAUACAUCCCAGACCUGGAAGCCAAGAAGCCAGACGACUGGAAUGAGGCAAUGAAUGGGGAGUGGGAAGAGCCCCUGAUAUCAAACCUGAAGUAUAAGGGACAAUGGAAACCUCGGAUCAUUCACAAUCCCAGUUACCAGGGGGAGUGGAUUUAUCCAGAAAUAGACAACCCUGAAUAUAAGCCCAACCCAACCAUUUGUCACUAUUAUAACAUUAGUGUCCUUGGCCUGGACCUUUGGCAGGUGAAAUCAGGCUGCAUCUUUGACAAUUUCCUUCUUACAAAUGAUGAGGAGUUUGCAGAAGAGGCUGGAAAUAAGACCUGGGGAAUAAGAAAAGACAUAGAGAAGCAAUGGAGAGAACUGUACGAAGAAAUGGAAAAAAGAAAACAGGAAAAAGAGGUCAAGAAGAAAAAGGUAAAGGAGGAGGAAAGGGAAGAUGACAUCUGGGGAAUUGAAGAAGGGGGAAGUGAAGAGGAUUCUGCUGAGGAACCAGGAAAUUACAGGCAGCUGAAGGAAGAUGAUGAUGAAAGAGCAUUUCUGGGUAAAAAUGUAGAAGUCCGUGUUGGUCAGAAGGAUGAACUAUAA